AUGGCGUGUACCAUUGAUUUUAGGUGCCUGGAUGAGGGCUUCGGAGGCAGAACUUACAAGCGAAAGAGGGCAGAGAAGGAAGCCCCCGGCGAUGUAUCGGAGGAAGACGCGACCUCCGUGAAAGUGGAAAAGGAAAACGUACUUGGCGACGGUGUUAUAGCGGGGAAGGUGAAGAAUUUGAGGCGUUACAGAGAGAGCGUACUUGGCGAUGUAUCGGGGAAGGCGACGUACGACAGUGUUAUAGCGAGGAAGGUGUUAGGGAGGAAGUGGAAGCAGGCGCGGACACACAUGUCAUCGGCGGUGCAGGUGAGCCAGAAGGGGAAGACGCUGGAGCAGAGGAUGAAGGAAAAUGAGAUAAAGAAGGCGUACAAGGAGAGAAUGAAUGAACUGAAGGAGGAGAUAAGGUAG